AUGAGGGGCGGCGGGCCGGCGGCGGCGGCCGCGGGGCUGCUGGCGGCGGCGGCGGCGGCCGCGGCGAAGCUGGCGCUGGGGCAGGGGCCGGGGCCGGGCGGGGAGGCGGCCGGAGGCUGGCUGCCUGUGCUGCUUCGCAUUGGCUGUAUUGGCUUGGUGUUUGCGUGCAAUGCGAUGAUGUGGACGGUCUUUGCAAAAGCCCUGCGACUCUCUUCCUCCUCGGCCGCUGCCUCUGUGACAACGACGGCCUCCAACUUCAUCUCUUCGGCCAUCCUGGGCAAGCUUCUCUUCACGGAGACAUGGACGCCUCUGUGGUGGGUCGGCCUUGCCGUGACGCUCUGUGGCCUCGUGCUGCUGCACACAGCUGCGCCCCAGCCGGCGCAGCUCCCAGUGGAGAAGAAGGAGGCGUGAUGGCUGCCAUCGGGGGCACAGCACUAUGCCACCCCUCGCCAGCCUGCCUCGUGACAGCAUCCCCAGUCCCCAGCCAACUCUGAACGCACUGGCCAUGGACCUGCUAACCCCUGCUCACCUGCUGAUCUGCCGACUCACAAAGUCAUUCUGGUCACAUCUUUCCUGGCAGUGGUGGUGUGGUGGCAGUGACAGCCUCGGAGGGAGCUGGUCCGCUCUGAGUCAGUAUUGUAGAAAUCAGGGCCAGAGGCUUAUCAGCCACUCCUCCUCUUCCUUCACACACCUGCGGCUGUGGAGCUUUCCCAGUUUGGGGAAGGCUGAAAGUAAACAUGGUAGCUGUGGAAGGUGCCUGUGCAUCAGUACUUUUCCAUAAGAGGACCUGUCCCGAAUUAGAAAAGCAAUCACUGAAGGCAGCUGAUACUUCAGCUCUGCUGUUUCCUGACUUUCCUCUCUUCCUCUUGAAAUGGCCCCAUGCCUGCUGCUGCCUGUAAGGCUAUGGAGCCUUUCAUUAAUUCCUUCAGCUUCGCCUAUGAGUCACAUACACCUUUUAACUUGCCAUUUGUAUCUGACGCCUGUAACUUCCGCUUACCCAUUCCUGACAUUACUCACUGUAAGGUUGCCACUUUUUCCUUUCAACUUUUAACCAGGAUGGGGUUUUGAUCACCAUUCCUGCUGUGUGUAGGUCAAAGUGUAAUUUUGGGACAGUACAACAGGCUGCAUGUGAACAGUCAGCCACUUUCACUAGGAGUGUCGGUGUUCAACAAAUUCCGUAUCAGAACCUGUCAGGUUUAUCGUGACUGGCAGAUCUGCACCGUGUCCAGCAGGAGCGUAAAAAUAGACUUGCAGGUGAAAAUGCCACUGGAGUUGGGUUUGUGCCUUUUCCUUUUUUGUAUCAGAAGGAUGAAAAGUCAGUGUUCCCAGAAGAGGCUGGGAGGUUUUUUGCUCCAAGUCCCCUGCUUCACCAGACCAUCCUAGCUCAUCACAUCUGGCAGCCGUGUCCCAAGAGGGGCAAAGCCUUUGCCUCUGCUCUCUGUGUGCUCAUAAGUCUUCCCCUCCAAAGAGGGGAGCUGCAUAUGUGGUGGGGAAGAGGGCAGAGUGCCUUUCCUCUGUACCAACAUGGGUCUUUGCACCUGGGCAGCUCUUUGGGUAGCAGCAGUGAUACAAAGAGUGGGACACAUCCAGCUGAGACUUGAUGCGGUGACCCAGCAUCCCUCAUAGGUCUGCAGAAAUGACAACUAGGAACUAUGCAUUUCUAAGUACAUCAAGUCUCCUUAGACCUUUGUACAUGAUGGAGAAAUAAUGAAGGCUGCAAGCCUGAUUUGUUUGCCCUUGUUACUAACUCAGCCAGCUGUAAGCUGUGGCUGUCUUUGUGGGAGUAGCAGGAGAAGGACCAGACUCUCUCCUCUCUGGUUAAUUUGGCUGUUGCCCCUCCUCCUAACAAACCUUUUGGAAAGUUUUUUAACAUGGCCUAUCUUAAAACUGACAUUUCUUUAUUACAGUCAUUGUUGGAGGUCAAGGUCUAGGAGAUGUUUGCACGUGUGCAGAAAGCAUGGGCAGCAAUUCACUUGGUGACGCUCACUUUUAAGGCAGAAGAACACAAACAACAGCUGUAAAUUCACUGUUGUAAACACUUGAAGGUGGGAACGGAAACGAGUUUUCCUCCAGUUGUUGUGGGAGGAAAAGAUUGCCGAGCAGGUACAGUUUGGGCAGAAUCCCUCUCCUCUAGGUACACAGGGUUUGGCCCUUGUCUGCCAGUGUUGCUUGUCAGCGUGGGGCCAGGGCUGCAAGGAAGGCUGCAGUCGCCAUACGUCGAAGCAGUGCACGUCCGGUAAAUGGUUCAUAUGUACUUGUCCAAAAUGCAGCUGGAGAUGAUCUCAAAAAGGGGUGCCAGCAUUUCCAAACUAAAACACUGUUCAAAGCUCAGUGGCUGAAAUUUAAUAUUUACAGAUAUUUUAGACCACACAUGCACAAAAAAGUGAUGUGAGACUAAUGGGCGAGCUGUAUUUGAAGAGUGAGUGGUUCAAAUGUGGUAGGCCUUGUAAGGCUGAAGAUGAUGGCCAACCGUAAGACCUUGAUUUACCAGGGCAGAAGGUGGGUUAUCCUUAUGCAGGAACUACAGUAGUUUGGUUGUGUGGAGUUUCUGCACACUUGAGCUGAGGUAUUUUUAGAGAAGAGUCUCGGGCACACAUUUCCGCUCAAAUUUCAGUGAAAUACACUUUUCUUUGCACAUAUCCCAGGUCUUGGCUGUAAUGAGUCUUCCCUGCACCUUCCCCUCAUUCUCAAACCCAACCCUAAUUUUUCAGCAUCUUGUUCAUCAGAUUUUCUUCAAGCAGGGCUAUACCAUGUCACGCUUUAAAUAGUAGAAGAAGCAGGUGCAUGGUUAACAGCAUGGUUCACAGCAUCGCUCAUGAAGAUUGAAGUAUUCUUGAAUUAAUGGUGAGAAGCGUUUGAAAAAUUGGUUGUAUAAACAAGGUCCGAGAGUAUUAUAUUCUAAGGUAAAUAAUACCUUGUAUACCUUUACAGGGAACAAAGCCAAAUGAAAUUAUAAUUGCAGGUGAACCUUAAAGCACAGUUUCACUGGUUAGAUAAGGAGCUAUAAGUAAAACCUGAGAAACGUCCCUAUUGUCCUUAACAAGGAGCCACUGAAACUUGGAAGGUUUGUACAACGUCUCAGUCACAGCAUAUAUCAAAAUAACUUGAAGGAUGGUGGUGACUUCAGGGCUCUGAUGUAAUCAAUGGCUGUACCUGGGUUGUUGUUUCCAGUGCUGGACCCCCCAGUUCAAGAGGGGUGUUGGGAAACUGGUCUGGCACAAGGAGACCAAGAUGGCAGGGGCCUACAAGGAGAGGCUGAGGGAUGUGGGUUUGUUGGAGAUAGGGAGGCUCAGGCUGACGUGAUAGCAGCCGACAUGCUUGGAAAGGAGCCAAGCUCCUCUCCGUAGAAGUGGCCAGAACAAGAAGAGGCAGCAGGCACGGGUUAUGUCUUGGGAGUUUCAAGCUGGUCAUCAGGCAAAAAAACGUCAACAGGAGGUUACAGAAAGGCAGCAGUGUCUCCACCCAUGGAGGUUUUCGAGGCUCAGCUAAACAAGACCUCAGCUGACCUGAGCUAGUGUUGGUGAUCAUCCUGUCUGGGCAGGAGUUUGGACUUCUGUGACCUAUGGACGAAUUUCAUGGGCAACACUGUCUGUAACUGAAACUGGUUUGCCCUUUUGCCUCCAAGUUUGGCAGUUCCCUUUAAAUGCUGCUGUGCCACGGAAAGGAGGUUCCUCCUUGAGGCGCCAUACGGACCUAGGCCACCAGAGGCUUGUUGGCUAACCACAGAAACCAUAACAGACACUUGCGUAUGCAUUCAUAGCCUGAAAACAAAUGCACUGUUACCAAAGGAGAAGGAGCCCACUGUACUCAGCUGCUGAUAAUGAAGUGCUUUGUGCAUUUGAACCUUUGCUGGUUCAGCAGCCAGCCUGCUGCGUGCAAAGCUAGUGGUGGCUCCCAGGGCAGGGUAACACUGGCCAGCUGCAGCACCCCAGCAUGGGGUGACCAAAGCACAGGGAAGCCUGAACCUUGCAGUGCUCCAUCCUGUAGCUGCAUGCAGCGCCGCAGUAACCCAUGUCCAGUAGCAGCACUUGACAUACGCAGGACAGGUUUUGCCCUGCUGAGCAACCAACCAGCCACUCUGUUCACUCUCCAAGGAAACUUUUUGGUUUUUGACUGUUUAAUAACCCUCUUGGUUGUUUUUUUUUUUUCCUUGGAGUUUAAGGAAAAGUGGCUGUGAAUGGCUGUACUAAUUGCCAAGACUUCCUAAGCAGCUCCCAGGGCUACUGCACACCCUUGAAGUCCCGAGGGAUUGCUGGUGCUGGGUUAAUGCCUGGGGAGCUCCUGGGUUGGGCCUCCCGCUCCCAUUUUGCUGGGGGGAGAUGAUGCACACCCUGCUCAACCCUGCACAGGUCUUGCACUGCACAGAGGCUCUGGUGCACCCUGUGGGGAUAAAGCCAUGAUGAUGGAAAUAAGUGGGCAGGAAGAGCUGGAAAGAGUGGUAGUAAGUGGGGUGUGGCAGAUGGUACCACCACCUUUUGGAAAAGGCACGUACAUUUUGAACCCAUUGCUCAAAUCUUGCUUGACUCAGAGGUCACUAAGAGCUGAGGUUUCAUCCCGCCAGUGGGAUUUGGGGCUGGGGCUUAGCCGCGUGAGCAGCUCACCUCCUUCUGACACAAGCGGAGCCUCUCUGUUUUUGCAUCAAGGUAAGAGUCAAACAAGUCUGCUUGCACCGUGACCUGCUCUUGGUGCAUGCGCAUGGUCUGAACAUCAGCCAGGGCUUUGAACCUAAUUGCUUUGAGUAAGUUAAGGCAACACUUGGGGAGAAAUGAACAGUGCCCCAGGGAAGGAUGAGGCAUUACAAAUGCCGCAUCUCCCACUGCCAAUCAACUGUUUCCUCAUCCAGUGAGGAGGUAUUUCGAAUGACUCCUUCCCUUCAGGGCACUCCUGAGUUAGGCAGCUCACAGGCAUGGCUCUGCCAGGAACCAGUGCUGCAGGAAAAUGCUUUGUAAGAAACUGUGGUGGGCAUGGAGCUACUCCAGCUGUCCACCAAGGUGAGAGCAUCUCGUGCUGCUGUGGAGGACAAUGGCCUAGAUGCUGCAAAGAUGGCUGAGCAGGAGUAUGCUGGCUUGGUUGCUUUUCAGGACAGAUAGCCACAGAUCCCUGCCCUCAGUCAGUCCCACCAUACCAAGGAGACUACCACAUGCGAUAUCCACGUGUCCAGGGGUGGGCCAAAGCCUUUGCACCCACCGUGCUUUGGGUCUGCUCCCAUACAGUGCAUGAGCCAGAUCCCUAGCGCUGCACAGGACUGGCUCCUUCCUGCAAAUCCUCCUGGUCUAGGAAGGUUCUCCUUUCCCACCACGUAGUGAUUUCAGUUGCACUGCUGGCUGGUGGGGAUGCGGCAUGGCAUAAUCUAACCUGUAGUCUAUAGACUGUGUACAUCUGUAUGUAUAUAGACACGCACACCCACGCAGACAGAUAGGAGAAGCUGUUACACCACCCCUGCAGAAAGAAAUGUUACUUGAAGGCACUGGUAUGCAAGUUUCUGUUUUCUCACUUAGACACGUGCAACCAAACAUGUAUCCUGUAGGUGAGAAGGUAUUCUGUCAGUAUUUUCCUUGUUCUCUGAAGCUGUUUUUAAUAUAUGGAUAAGCUAUUUGAUCCCUGAUUCAAUAUUUGCGCUAUUGAUUUCCCUGCCCUUGCCAUUUAUUUUUUGCAGCCCUCUUCUGCUUUAUUUUUCCUUGUGCCUUUUCGUAUUGUUUGCUCUAGGUGUAGUCUGGAUAUGUGUCCACACUUCAGUCAAUCAGUGUGGUCAUACAAGCACACUCGAAGCUAGUUCAUGGGUCAGUGGCAGUAGGGUGGAUAUGGCCCUGCAGUAACUGCACCCACCCUGUUGGACCCUUUCCAAGCACACACUGUGGGAUCGCAGGGCGAGGGGGGUCCUUCUCCCCAUCUCGGGUCUCUUGAUGGGCUAGGACGAAGGUGUGAGGAGCGAGUUAGCAGGCUAGGACCAUUCAGUGUGGAAAAGAGAUAGUGGUGGUUUGUAACAGGGGCUGGGAAGACCAUGAGUUGCAUGAAGAAAGUAAGCUGGGAUAGCUGUUGACUGCCUCCUCUACCGCAGGGCUGGGGGCCACAAGGGAAGCUAGCAAGCAGCAGCUUCAAAGCCAGAGGAGCUUCCCCCUCCUACAGUGUGUCAUUUAGCCGAGGAACUCCUGUCCACAGGAUGCAGCAGAGGCUGGCGGGUUCCUUGGGUUCAAAAAAGGAGCAAUUUUACUAAGAAAAAAAGCUGCUGUCUGGGAGAAGUGACAUGGUAGAGAUCUGUUUUUGUCAUUUCUUGCACAAAAUUCUAAAGUGUUUUGCUGAGAAGCAGAAGUACCUUAUCCUGAGUCAUAUUAGUCCAAUACCUAAUGUAAUCAUUUCAGCACCGGAGCAUGCUUAUUUCGGUGUUUCCAGUGCAACAAUUGUACCAGAGUUGGGGGUCAAGCGGUCAUAGUACUGAAAUCCCAAGUUCAACCUUCACACAUCAUUGCUCCCUGUAUCUAGGCUGAUUUUGCAAUUUUGCCUCUUGCAUCUCAGCAAGGGAAGGGGAAAGGGAUCUUGAAAAAUAACCAGAAAAGAUAUUUUAACAUUAUAGCAUUUUGGCUUGCUGUUAAAGCAGCUCUAUAUUUUUCCAAGGUGGCCUGGCCUAAAACCUCAGUUUCCUGUGAUGACUACAGGACUUCUCUUUCAGGGCAGGGGAAGUGCUACACAAGAGUGUUUUGCCUGACUAGCUGUAAGCCUACAUUGGGUAUAUGUGUAGUUAUGGUCUCUGUUUUAUCUCUCUCUUUGCCUUCUUCAGAAGCUGACUCCCUGUGGGCAGCACUGGGUUGGGCACAGAGUGAUAUGGUUUUCAUUCCUUCUGGAGGUAAAUGCCCAAAGUUAGUCACCUACAUCCUUAACUUCAGGUCCAAAAACCCUCUUUCAAGGUUCAGUGAGAAGGAAGCAAUGGAAUUUCCAUAAUAAUUUUAUUGGCAUCAAUCAUUUCUCUGGUAUUUGACUGUGAGAAACUCAUUAGCAGGUAGCUGGGGCCAGGUGACUUGAAAUCAGUUAAGAUUUGGGCUUGGCCAUCUUGCAUCAACCCCUGACGUCCGAUUGCCUGCCACAAGUUGGCUCAUGUAAGAUUAGAAGAGAAUCUGCCUGCUGGGAAUACAGGAUGCCCUUGGGGCAUAGCUGACAGGCCACUGUCAUGGCCCAUGGCUGGUGUACAUGAGUGAGAAGUGAUCAGAUCAACUCUCCUUUCAGAGUAACAGCAGCACUAGCAUGUCAGGACAUUAUGUGGAUGUGAUGCGUCUCGCUACUAGGAAAUUCCUAAUGACUGAGAUACAAGCUUAAUGAAAUGGUGAGGGGAGGACCAACAUAGCACCUCAAAUAAUGUCCAGUUCAAAACCCAUGGACCAGAUCCUCGGCUGUUCUCCAUCUGUGUGUUAUUUUCUUUUUAUCCCCCCAAGACUUCUCAUGACUUAUUGUUCCCCAGGCUGUGAUUCAGGAAGGACUGAACACGUACUAGAUGGUAUGUGUGGGAGCUGUCCUGCUGUCGUCAGUGGAAGGCACCAUCUCGCCCUGGUGCCCCUCAGGACCCAGACGUGGGCUGUAUGCUUGUGUAUCUUGGCAGAUGCACCACUCAACCCCUGGCACCUCAGAGCAACUCCGGGGGGCGGCUGGGAGGAUGUGUUCACCUUUCCAGAGAGCUGAAAAGGAAGGCCGUGCUGCUUUUGAUCUAUGUUUUAUUUUGAGUGUUAGUCUGACUGGACAUAGAAAAAAAAAGACAAAGGAAAAGCAACUUGAAGCCUUAGAUGGUUAUAAAAGUAGGUUGGUACACUGCUAUUAUAAAAGGCAGCUUCUCCAUAACUAGUCAUGGGGUUGUAAGUGAAUAAAACUCUAAAGCUAAGGAUUGGGUUGCACUUUGUGUCCUUCCUGCUUGGCAGCCAUAUCUGUGGUCACGCUCUGAAAUUUGACUUGUGUUGUUUUUGAUACAUAAAAUAAAACCUGAGACAAAGGGCAAGCUUGUAAAUAGGGGAGCAGCUUCUGGGGAAUUCUGAUUUUAUUUGUUUGCAUUUUAUUACCUUUUUAUGCCAGCUAAUAAGCUGACUUACCUUGCAGUAGAUAGAUGCGGAUAAGGCUGAUAGCCUCUGGAGUCCAAUUUUGCAAGCUGGGAAGGAGGUCGCUGAAGUUAUUGGUAAUAGGCUGGAGAUCGCCUCUGAAAAAAAUACCAUCUCCUGCUUCUGUUAAUUAGAAGAGUAUACUUUUAUGAGUCAGAUUGAAGUUAUUAACUGUUGUAACUGUUUGGGAAAAAAAAUUCAAAAGGGCUGGUAUUUUUCAUAGCUUUACCAAGGAGGAGCAAAAAAAGCCACUCUGCUGAACCCCAGCCAGCCACUCGGGCCACUCUGACUAGCAAAGGCCAAAGGAGAUUUGCCUGUAGGAAGGACAGAGAUCCCAUGCUGACAACAUGAAACAAGCUGAAACCAUGUCUCUGAAAAACAUUCUUGCAGUUUAAGUUGAAAUCCCUUUUCUCAGACCUUGCCAACAACUGCCUUGGAGGGUUUUACAGUUCAGUGGCCUUUCCUGGCAGGGCAAGCUUGUAUGAGCCAGGGGAGGAAGCUAAUGCAGGAGCGUUAAACGCUAUGCCGUUGAAUUGAGAUACUACCAGUGCACAGAAAAAGAUAAUGGGAGCAGGCAAGACCAGCAGCUGCACAAAGUGAAAAGAGAACUGAACCUUAGGUGCUGUCUGCUGGCAUAAACCAAAAAUUCCUGUAAACAGUGAAAAGGCCAACCACCUUCCACGAGGGAGUAGGUUCAUGGCAGGGCAGAAGCCACACCCAUUUAACUUUGACAAUCUUUCCUUGAAUGCUGAGCUUCGAAGUGAGGGUCAGAACAUGCGCACUGUUGAAAUCUGCCUUUUGCAAAACCCUAUAGGACUGGAAAUGUGACUGUCCCUGGUGAAUACAUGCCCUGCCUCCACUGCUGACCCUCCAGCACACACCUAACAAAAUUUUUUCAGAAGCAAAGUGUUACCAACAACCCGUUCCUGUUCACAAAAAUCUCUAAUUUUUGCUGUAGGACUACUGGGUCAACACAAUUUAAGCUGCCUCCAACCAAGCAUGGAAUUAUAUAUAUGUAAAAAACAGGUUGAGACUGUCAGUGACUUCAGAUGAAGUGGAUUACUCUGUUGCUGUAAUUAAGUGGAAACUAGUAAUAUACAUCAUAAAUGUUCAGGUUACGUGUAUUACUGGUUAUGUUAUUGUACCGACAUUCCAUGUAUACUUUAAUUCAUCCUGUGCUGUUUCUAAACAAAAUGUCUUUCACCCUCCAGGAGGAAAGAAAUGCAGAGUAAAAGCAACGCUGAAAACUAAA